CCCGCCGGCAGUCCCGGGGCCGCUGCCAUGGAGCUGCCGGCCGUCAGCCUCAAGGCCAUCAUUCUGGUGCACUGGCUGCUCACAGUGUGGGGAUGCAUGAAUCACAUCUUGCCAGCCUCCUAUGCCUGGGGGAAUUUCAGUGUCCUUGCAGUGGGGAUCUGGGCCAUUGUGCAGAGAGAUUCCCUCGAUGCCAUCGUGAUGUUCCUGACUGGCCUGCUGCUCACAGUGCUGACAGACAUCAUUCACAUCUCUGUCUUCUACCCUGCACACGACCAUCUCGGUGAUACGACGCGUUUCAGCGUGGGCAUGGCCAUCUUCAGCCUCCUCCUCAAACCCCUGGCCUGCUAUUUGGUGUAUCGGAUGUACCGGGAGCGUGGAGGAGAGUACACCUUGAACAUAGACCUGGAGUCCUUGUCUGACAGCCACUUUGCCCACAAUGGUGUCCCCAGUGCAGGCCAGGAUCGCAGCACCUACGAGCCCAUUGACCAGCCAGAAGCGCCUCCCCAGUGGCCUCCCCCGGGCAAGGCAGCCCAGCCACCCUACUGAGGCACCUGGAGCACCUGAAUGGACACUGCCCUCGCCCAGCCAAGGCUUCUGCUCUCCCCCUCUCUGUUCUCAUGGAGCCACACCUGCUGCUGAGCAAACAGGACAGGAUCUGAGACUUCUUCUGCCUCCCUGAAGAUUGGGCAGAUGGGUUCCUGCAGUAAGUCCAGAAGAUCCCGAAGGUGUCAUGUCAAGCACUGUGACUCCUUGUAAUCCCAGUACUUUCCUCCUCAGUCCCUCCUCAGUAUGUGUGACUGGAUGCACCUUCUGCAGUCUUCCAUUCUGCAUCCUCUUUGUUGUAAGGGAACCACUGAAAGUACCCCUGGACAAACUGUCUUUAAAAGCCUUAUGGACUGCCCUUAAACAAUGCAGUUAGCCUGCUUUUAUGCAGAUAUAUUCCCAGGAAACAUCUGGGAGUUCUCAAGAGCUGUUUUUGAUGGUGUUAUUUAAGUAAGAUUUAUGACCUCCUAAGAUUUAUAACUCCCAUUGUUAGCUGUGGUGGUUUGCACAAAGCUGGGCUUGGUAUAAAAUGCUCUUAACUGGGCCAGGGAGCUGUUUGUGCUCCCAGUAUCUGGUCUUGGGUUUUAUUGACUGAUGCUUUUAUGCAAGUUGAAUGUCCUUCAGGAUACUUUAAAUGACUGUUGAAUGUAGGUUAUAGAUACUCUGUGCCUUGAAAUGUCCUUUUGCCUUCAGCUGCCUGUCUUAACAGAACUUGAAAUGUUACAUUUUUUCUAAGAAAACUAUAAAAUGAACACAGUUUUUCUGUGUUAGAAAAAGUUAAACUGGUCACUUAUGUCUCAUUUGAAAAUGUAGCUGUGCCUGAGGGUUUGGGACUGUAGCCAGGCAGUUUGGGAGGAUCAUUGUGGGGAAAGGUCUGCAGGGCUCUGAUGGCUUUUAGUCUAAGCUUUACUACAACAAGUAGAAGGUACUGCUUGUAAAUAUGUGGGUGGGAAGGUGGGCUAGUAAAAUAGGGAUUGGGGAAGGGAAAAGGUGGAUUUAUUUACACUGAAGAGGUGAGCUCUGUGGAGUGCGAUGAACCAUAAACUCUAAUGUUAUGCACAAUAAAUCUGCCCUGCUGUAGCUUUCGGGUAAAAUUCUAAAACAAACAGAAAAGCUGUGUGCUUUUCUGUGGAGAAUUUGGCACAUCUGGGAGCUCAGGGGAGCAGAGCAAGGCAGGACUUAGACGACAUUUGCAGUGCCUC